UUUUUUGAUGGGUGGGGAUAAAUAAGAUUAAAGAUUUAAAUUUAAUUCUAUGUUAAUAAAAAUAAAUGGAAAGCCCCCCUCCUGCUUCGGAUUUUAUAUGAAAUUUUAAAUUUAUUUAUUGGUUUUCGAAACUGGAAUAUCAUUAAAUAAUUAAUUUAGUAUAAGUUUGUAUUAGAAAAAGAGGACAGAACGUACGAGGGAUUUGGUAAUUAAUUUACUCUAUAAUGAUUUAUGAGAAAUUAAAAAGAGAACAUAUGAAUAGAAAAGAACAGAAAGAUUAGUGUUCAAACAUACUAUAUUGAUUACAAAAAUUCAAUAAUAAUAAGAAAAUACUAAAAUUGCCAUUUGGAGGGCCCACUAAAUAGUUUGAGCAUUGAAGAUAUCAUAUGCUUGAAUAAAUAUCUCAUUUAUUGAUAAUUAAUUGGUGAAAUAUCUUAUGAGUAGUUAAGACACUAAGAUGGAUCAAAUAAAUAUCCAACAUCCAUGUUGUAUUAAUAUGAUUUUGAUAUCUCAUAUCACCUUGACACACUUGAAUAUUGGCCCAACUGUAUGUAGCUCAUGUAUUGAUGAUGAAUUGGUAAAAUAUUUGUAUUGGGUAUCCAAAAAGUUUAUGUUUGGAGGGCUAACUAUUGGUGACAGUGCACUCCUGCAGAGCUAAUGAUGAGUUACUUGGGGGUCUGAUGACUCUGAUCUUAGAGGCCUACCCCCAAUCUGCUGUGAAUAGUUGUUGGCUAUUAUGCAUGCAUGUGCACAUCCGUGAAGCAUGGGUGCACCCAAUUUGGAGUUUCCUUUCAAACCCAUACCCUUAAUUUAUUUAAUUUUUAAAAAUAUAUAUCUAUGAUAUUUGGAUGGAUAGAUGGAGCUCCAUGUUUGAAAAAGAAAAAGAAGACUUAGAAUUUGAUUGGAAAUGUGUUUUGUUUUUUUUUUUUAAAUUUAAAAAUAGGGUUGGGAAUCUUUUGAGAAAAAAUAAAUUUUUAAAACUUGUUUUAAAAAUGGGGUUUUAUUUAAAAAUAUAUUUUAAUUAUUUUUAGCUGUUUUUUGAAAUAUUUUAAAAAAUAAUAAUUUAAAUAAAAUGAUUAAAAAUAAAAUAUUAGGGAUAAUUUCUUUUUUAAAAAAAUAUAUAUUUGAAUCUAAACAUUUUAUUCUAAUAAAUAUAAUAGAAUUGUUUUUCAAAUCAUUCCCAAAUAGAUUUUUAUAUUUCUUUCAAACCCAAUUUUAAAAAAAAUAAAAAUAAAAAUUGUAUUCUACAAUUUAUUUUUGAAAAAUAAAAAUGUAAGUAGAUAAUAUUUUUUGGUAAGAAGAAAAAUGACCAAAAAACAUAAGCAAAAUGGAGAGGAAAUGAGGGAGGAGGGCAUUGCGUUUCUUCUACUCCCUUGCUAUCUCUUCCCUUCCGUUAGGAAGUCUUCUCUUUUGGCGGGAGGCCCCACCACUCAAAACCACACUCUCCUCCCUCUCACGUCUCUCUCUCUCUCUCUCUCUCUCUCUUUCCUAUUAAAUCACCAACCACCCAAUCCCUCUUCUCUUCAACCUUUGCCCCCCUAGUCUGCACUCUGCACUCUCCACUCUCUACUCUGUAAUCUCUUUUUCUUUCUCUCCAUCCAAAACGACGUCGUUUCAUCAUCAACACCAUGCAGCUCUUCUCCCUCUCCUUCUUCCUCUUCUUCUUCCUUCUCAAUCCUACUCCCUCUCUCUCACUUUCUUCUGAUGGCCUCUCCUUACUCUCCCUCAAGUCCGCCGUUGACGACGCCGCCUCCGCCUUCUCCGACUGGAACGAGGACGACCCCAACCCCUGCCGCUGGACCGGCAUUUCCUGCAUGAAUGUCUCCGGCUUCUCCGACCCCCGCGUCGUCGGAAUUGCGAUCUCCGGUAGGAAUCUCCGUGGGUAUAUUCCGUCUGAAUUGGGGAAUCUUUUCUAUCUCCGGCGGCUCAAUCUUCAUGGGAAUAACUUUUACGGGUCAAUUCCGGUUCAGUUGUUUAAUGCUUCGUCUUUGCAUAGUAUUUUUUUGUAUGGGAAUAAUCUCUCCGGUACUCUCCCGCCGGCGAUGUGUCAGCUGCCCAGGUUGCAGAAUGUCGAUUUUUCCAAUAAUUCGCUGUCGGGAUCGAUUCCGGAGGGUUUGAAGAAGUGUAAACAGUUGCAGAGGUUGGUCGUCACCCGGAAUCAAUUUUCCGGCGAAAUUCCGGAGGGGAUUUGGCCGGAGAUGGAGAAUUUGGUUCAGCUCGAUCUGUCGUCGAAUGAGUUCAACGGAUCGAUUCCUGAUGAUAUCGGUGAGCUGAAGUCGCUCUCCGGAACUCUGAACCUCUCUCACAACCAUUUCACAGGAAAGAUUCCAAAAUCGCUCGGGAACCUGCCGGAGACGGUGAGUUUCGACCUCCGGAGCAACAAUCUCUCCGGCGAAAUCCCCCAGACCGGCGCGUUUGCCAACCAAGGCCCCACCGCAUUCCUCAACAACCCCGACCUCUGCGGCUUCCCCCUCCAGAAAUCCUGCCGGAACCCAUCCCGGAGUUCUCCGGAGGGUCAGAGCUCAUCCCCAGAAUCUGGCACCAAUGCAAGAAAAGGCCUGAGCCCAGGUUUGAUCAUCCUAAUAUCCGUCGCUGACGCCGCCGGAGUGGCUUUCAUUGGCUUGAUCAUAGUGUACAUAUACUGGAAAAACAGGGAUUCACAGGGCUGCAGCUGCACCGGCAAAGAAAAACUCGGCAGUACCGGAAGAUCCGCUUUGUGUUCGUGCCUUUCUGCCCACAGUUUUCAGAAUAAUGACUCCGAAAUGGAAUCAGAUAAGGAAAGAGGAGGCAAAGGAGCAGAGGGUGAUCUUGUAGCCAUUGACAAAGGCUUCAGUUUUGAACUGGAUGAGCUUUUAAGGGCAUCAGCCUACGUGUUAGGAAAGAGUGGUUUGGGGAUUGUGUACAAGGUGGUGCUCGGAAAUGGAGUUCCAGUGGCGGUGAGGCGGUUGGGGGAGGGUGGGGAGCAGAGGUACAAGGAAUUUGUGGCUGAGGUUCAGGCUAUUGGGAGAGUGAAGCACCCCAACGUUGUCAAGUUGAGAGCUUACUAUUGGGCUCCUGAUGAGAAGCUCCUGAUUUCGGAUUUCAUCUCCAAUGGCAACUUGGCUAAUGCUCUCCGAGGGAGAAGUGGACAGCCAUCAUCGAGCCUCUCAUGGUCAACCAGGCUGAAAAUUGCCAAGGGAACAGCCCGGGGCUUGGCCUACCUGCAUGAAUGCAGUCCAAGAAAGUUUGUCCAUGGAGACAUAAAACCCUCCAACAUCCUCCUUGACAACGAAUUCCAGCCCUAUAUCUCUGAUUUUGGCCUCAACAGACUAAUUACAAUCACAGGCAACAACCCUGCCUCAUCCGGUGGCUUCAUUGGUGGAGCCCUCCCCUAUCUAAAAUCAGUCCAACCAGAACGACCCAACAAUUACAAAGCCCCAGAGGCUCGGGUUGCCAACAGCCGCCCUACACAAAAAUGGGAUGUCUACUCAUUUGGGGUUGUAUUACUUGAACUGCUGACCGGAAAAUCCCCAGAGCUCUCCUCUCCAACCACAUCAACAUCCACAGAAGUCCCAGAUCUAGUGAAGUGGGUGAGGAAAGGAUUUGAAGAGGAGAAUCCCCUUUCAGAUAUGGUAGACCCCUUGUUGCUCCAAGAAGUGCAAGCCAAGAAGGAGGUGCUAGCAGUGUUUCAUGUGGCCCUUGCCUGCACUGAGGGAGACCCAGAACUUCGGCCUAGGAUGAAGACUCUCUCAGAAAACCUAGAAAGAAUUGGAUCAUAAGAAAAAACCCAUAUGGUCUUCAAUCAACAUGGUUAUCAAGGAAUAUCAAAUUUCCCUGAUUUUGCAGUGAUGGUGAAUUUUGUAAGCUUUAAGCUUUAUGACAGCAAUGCAGAAUCCUCCUUGGCCUUCACCUUCAAAUCCAACAUCCCCAGAACACAGAAAUUUUCUCCAUGUUUCAGCAAAUUUUGGGAACAUCAUUGGAUGGAUUACACAUUAAUUGUUUAUUUUCUUUCUUUUCCUUCUGUUGGUCAAGUAGCUAAAUUUGUAAUUUAAAUAUCUGUAUCAAUGCCUCAUGCCCUCAAGUAUGUGCUCCAAAUAAAACUGGUAUAUUUUUUUCUUCU